AUGUGUGGUGGAUAUUCAACUACACCUCAAAAUAAUGAAACUACAUCUCCUUCAACGAGGUCCACUAAAACUCAAAAUUCUGGAACUACAUCUCCUUCAACGAUGUCCAUUACAACUCAAAAUCCUGGAACUACAUCUCCUUCAACGACAUCCACUACAACCCAAAAUCCUGGAACUACAUCUCCUUCAACGACGUUCCCUACAACUCAAAAUCCUGGAACUACGUCUCCUUCAACGACGUCCACUACAACUCAAAAUCAUGGAACAACAUCUCCUUCAACGAGGUCCACCACAACUCAAAAUUCUGAAACUACAUCUCCUUCAACGACGUCCACUACAACUCAAAAUCCAGGAACAACAUCUCCUUCAACGACGUCCAUUACAACUCAAAAUCCUGUAACUACAUCUCCUUCAACGAGGUCCACUACAACUCAAAAUCCUGGAAGUACAUCUCCUUCAACAACGUCCACUACAACUCAAAAUCCUGGAAUUACAUCUCCUUCAACGACGUCCAUUACAACUCAAAAUCCUGAAACUACAUCUCCUUCAACGACGUUCACUACAACUCAAAAUUCUGAAACUACAUCUCCUUCAACGACAUCCACUACAACUCAAAAUCCUGGAACUACAUCUCCUUCAACGACGUCCCCUACAACUCAAAAUCAUGGAACUACAUCUCCUCCAACGACGUCCACUACAACUCAAAAUCCUGGAACUACAUCUCCUUCAACGACGUCCAUUACAACUCAAAAUCCUGAAACUACAUCUCCUUCAACGAGGUCCACAACAACUCAAAAUCCUGGAACUACAUCUCCUUCAACGACGUCCAUUACAACUCAAAAUCCUGGAACUACAUCUCUUUCAACGACGUCCACUACAACUCAAAAUUCUGAAACUACAUCUCCUUCAACGACAUCCACUACAACUCAAAAUCCUGGAACUACAUCUCCUUCAACGACGUCCCCUACAACUCAAAAUCCUGGAACUACAUCUCCUUCAACGACGUCCACUACAACUCAAAAUCAUGGUACUUCAUCUCCUUCAACGACGUCCACUACAACUCAAAAUCCUGGAACUACAUCUCCUUCAACGACGUCCACUACAACUCAAAAUUAUGGAACUUCAUCUCCUUCAACGACAUCCACUAUAACUCAAAAUCCUGGAACUACAUCUCCUUCAACGACGUCCACUACAACUCAAAAUCCCGUAACAUCUCCUUCAACGACGUCCACUACAACUCAAAAUCCUGUAACUACAUCUCCUUCAACGACGUUCACUACAACUCAAAAGCCUGGAACUACAUCUCCUUCAACGACAUCCACUACAACCCAAAAUCCUGGAACUACAUCUCCUGCAACGACGUCCACUACAACCCAAAAUCAUGGAACUACAUCUCCUUCAACGACGUCAACUACCGCUCAAAAUCAUGGAACUAUAUCUCCUUCAACGACGUCCGCUUCAACUCAAAAUCCUGGAACUACAUUUCCUUCAACGACGUCCACUACAACUCAAAAUCCUGGAACUACACCAACAACGACUACAAAACCUGAGGCGAUGUCAUGCCAAUGUCCAUGCAGCUCUCUUGGAUUUUGGGCAAGGAAAGACUUAUCCAACUAUUCAAUAGACGAACUUCUCGAAAUGUUGGCUCCUGAACUGGCAAAAAUCGAGAAAGAAUUAUCCGUUGACGAAUCCAACUUGUCGGCGACGAUUAAUAAAAGGAUAAGUGCAAAAGAUGAGAGAAAGUCUUCUCAGUCCAUCGGCAUUCUUGGAAUAGUCUUCAUUGUUUCCGUCUUAUUGGGCGUCGUUAUCAUAGAUAUGAUGUCACUUAUGAAAUUCAUGAAGCCUAAAUUGAAGAGAGGAAAAACUGAUACUUCAAAACCAGAAGAACGGCCAGAAUAG